GGAUUUUAAUCACACAAACAGAAGGUUCUCUCAAACUCGAAUCAAAUCAAACGCAUUUUCUCCUCCCUUCCCUGCGCCGUUCGUUUUCUGCACUUCCACGGCCACACCCACAGUCUUCCUUGAAGACCUUCCCGUUGGUUUCGUUCUUGGCCAUCGCCUCUGCAGCAGAGGUGCUCUUCAGCCAGCCUCGCUUCCGGGAUAGAGAGAGAAAGCAGCGUCAGUGUUGGUUGGGUCUCAUCCGCAAUGAGUGGAGUGCAGUCCUAAACUGCUUGUAUAUCGUUGAAGCAGACACUUGUUUAAUUGGAAAAAAAAAAAAGAAAAAAAAGAGCAAUACAGAAAAUGGAGAUUGAUUUAGGAAAAGUUCCCUUUGGAAUGGAUUUCCAUCCUCAAGAGCACAUGGUGGCUGCUGCUCUCAUCACCGGCCACCUUCACCUAUACCGAGUCAGUGCUGAUUCUUCAUCACAAAGGUUGUUGGAAGUUCAAGCGCAUAGUGACUCCUGUAGAGCUGUCCGGUUCGUCAAUGGUGGACAAGUGCUAUUGACUGCUUCAAGUGAUCGCUCAAUUCUAGCAACAGAUGUGGAAACUGGCUCGCCAAUUGCUCGUGUUGAAAAUGCCCAUGAGGAUGCCAUUUAUAGUUUGAUCAACCUCACUGAAUCAACCAUUGCAACUGGGGAUGAUCAAGGAUGUAUCAAGGUUUGGGAUACAAGGCAACGUUCUUGUUGUAAUUCUUUUAAUGCCCAUGAAGACUAUGUUUCAGAUAUGACUUUUGCAAAUGAUUCUAUGAAACUCCUAGGGACAAGUGGAGAUGGGACUCUUUCAGUUUGCAACCUUAGAAGCAAUAAAGUCCAAACUCGGUCAGAAUUUUCUGAAGAAGAGCUAUUAUCUGUUGCUAUUAUGAAGAAUGGUCGGAAGGUUAUCUGUGGAACACAAAAUGGAAAUUUAUUAUUGUAUUCAUGGGGAUUUUUCAAGGAUUGCAGUGAUCGCUUUGUUGGUCUAUCACCAAAUUCUAUUGAUGCUUUGUUGAAGCUAGAUGAAGAUAGGGUCAUUGUUGGAACUGAGAAUGGACUCAUCAGUCUGGUAGGCAUAUUACCCAACAGAAUCAUCCAACCACUUGCAGAGCAUUCAGAGUAUCCCAUUGAGCAUCUUGCUUUUUCUCACGACCGAAAGUUUCUUGGCAGUAUAUCACAUGACCAAAUGUUAAAGCUUUGGGAUUUAGAUGAUUUAUUGCAACAUUCUGGAAAUAUUCAGAAGGAUCAAGAUGUGACCAACAGUGAUAGUGAUGAGAUGGAUGUUGAUAUUAAUCCUCCAAAACCUAAGAAAGGAGGUAAGCAGAAAAAUGCGCAAACUGAUAGCAGCACAAGUAAUUUCUUUGCAGACUUGUAGUGGAUGCUAUUUUGCUGUGUUCUGUUACCGAGUUGUAUCCUCUGCUUGAAAGAAUUAACAUAGAUUGGCUUGUUAGAUUAUAUUUUUGGCUUGUUAAACUGAAAGUUAUAGAUAAUUUUUACUUUGAUAUUUAUUUAUUUAUUUAUUUACCAAUAGAAAUGAGAUUCAUACAAUUUGCGUUCUA